CCUGUCGCGGAGGAGCCUGACAGAAUCCAAAGUCCAGACUUGGAGAAAGAGUAACAGCAGAGAGCCUGCAGCUACAGCACAAAAAGUCUCUACCUUAUACAUUUUGGGAGCAGGAAGCCCGAGGCAGUCCAAACGAGAUGACUACAUCCGUACCAAAGCACCAGGAGGUCUACAACCAGCAGGGCUUUCUCUCACCACUGCCUGUGUUGAAUGAGACAGAGCUGAGGGAGGCCAGACAUGCCUUUUCUGAGCUGGAGAAGGAAUUAGGUGAGGACUACACCCAGUACAGCCUCCACAAUGUCCACCUUCAGUAUCCAUGGGUGAUGGGCCUGACCAAACACCCCCAUGUCCUGGAGGUGGUCAAAGCCGUCCUGGGUCCGGACGUCAUCCUGCUCGACUCGCGCUUCAUCUGCAAAUAUCCAGUCCUCAAACCAGCCGACGUGCAGGAGAAUGACAGAGGAGAAGCCAAACCUGACGGGAAGAAUGAGGCAAAUGUGCUUCCAUAUGUGGCCUGGCAUCAGGAUAUGAGGUAUUGGGGAAUUGCCGGUGGCCCUGUUCUGUCUGUGUGGCUCGCUUUAGAUGACUCACAGAAGGAAAACGGUGCCCUUCAGGUUAUUCCAGGCAGCCACUGCUCCGGCAUGUUGCCCCAUCGCCAAGCCAUCCGCCCUGGAAACAUGUUGUCAGUCAACCAGGAGAUCCCAGAGGAGCUGGUGCAGGCUGAUGACGCUGUGUUCUGCCCUCUUUUAGCCGGACAGAUGUCUGUCCAUGACGGGCUUCUCGUGCAUGCCAGCGAUCCCAACAUAUCCCCAAGGAGGCGCUGUGGGUUUGUGAUUCGUUAUGUUCCCACCUGUGCUUACCCUGUACAGGAUCCAGAUCGUCCCAGGAAAUUUCAUGCCACAAUGUUGGCCUGUGGAGAAGAUCGUUUCAAUCAUUUCUCCGACAGAUGAACAUGAACAUUCACUGGAUUCUUCAAGAACAGUCACUUCUAAACGUGAUUCUACAGUAUAGUUAUUUCUCCAUGAUUAUGAAUUGGAAAAUGUUUUUUUAAUCAUCAAGACAACAAACUUUACUGUUUCUGUUACUAUAAAGCUUUCAAAUGAAUCCCAUAAUAAACACCAUAAGCACCAACCAUAUAUAAUACAGGUUGCACUGUUUUCUCAAUGUAUUUAUAUCUUUGCAAAACACUGAGUGUUGUAUUGCUUUACAAAAUAAAGCUCAAUAAAGUUUUCAAAAACAA